UCCUCCUCCUCCCUCUCCGGCAGCGGGUGUAAAGGUCGCUCCGUCGCCCUGUCGCCCUAUCGGGCCGGCAGCCCCCCUAUAUCCCCUAAAAACCCCCAAAACCCCCGCAAGCUGCCGGCCCCAUGCCCCGCGCCUAGCGCUGCCCAUGCCCGGCCAUGUCCGCAGCUCAGCUCUACACCAAGUACACCAGGGUUUGGAUUCCUGACCCCGACGAAGUUUGGAAAUCGGCCGAAAUUAUCAAGGAUUACAAAGAGGGAGAUAAAAGCCUCCAGCUGAAGCUUGAAGAUGAAACUCUCUACGAGUACCCCAUUGACCUCCAAGGCAACGAGCUGCCUUUCCUCCGCAACCCCGAUAUCCUGGUGGGAGAGAAUGACCUGACGGCCCUCAGCUACCUGCACGAGCCGGCGGUCCUCCACAACCUCAAAGUCAGGUUCCUCGAGUCCAACCACAUCUACACGUACUGUGGCAUUGUCCUCGUGGCCAUCAAUCCCUACGAGCAGCUGCCGAUCUACGAGCAAGAUGUCAUCUACGCCUACAGCGGCCAGAACAUGGGGGACAUGGAUCCCCACAUCUUCGCGGUGGCAGAGGAAGCCUAUAAGCAGAUGGCCAGGGACGAGAAGAACCAGUCCAUCAUCGUGAGCGGGGAGUCGGGUGCUGGAAAGACGGUCUCUGCCAAAUAUGCCAUGCGCUUCUUCGCGACCGUCGGUGGCUCUGCCAGCGAGACCAACAUCGAAGCCAAAGUCCUCGCGUCAAGCCCAAUUAUGGAGGCAAUCGGGAAUGCGAAAACAACGAGGAACGACAACAGCAGUCGCUUUGGGAAGUACAUUCAGAUCGGCUUCGAUAAAAGGUACCACAUCAUCGGUGCCAACAUGAGGACGUACCUGCUGGAAAAAUCCAGAGUCGUGUUCCAGGCGGAGGACGAGCGCAACUACCACAUCUUCUAUCAGCUUUGUGCCUCGGCGAGUCUCCCAGAGUUCAAAGACCUUGGACUCACCUGUGCUGAAGACUUUUUCUACACUUCUCAGGGAGGCAGCACGUCUAUCGACGGCGUGGACGAUGCUGAUGACUUUGAGAAAACCAGGCACGCCUUCACCCUGCUCGGAGUGAAGGAGUCUCACCAGAUGGCCAUUUUUCGGAUAAUCGCUGCCAUCCUGCACCUAGGAAAUUUGGAAAUUGAGUCGGAGCGGGACGGCGAGGCCUGUAGCAUGUCGAGCGAAGACGAGCACUUGAACCACUUCUGCGGCCUGCUGGGCGUGGAGCAGGGCCAGAUGCAGCACUGGCUUUGCCACCGCAAGCUGGUCACCACGGCCGAGACCUACGUGAAGAGCAUGUCGGUGCAGCAGGUGGUCAACGCCAGGAACGCCCUGGCCAAGCACAUCUACGCCCAGCUCUUCGGCUGGAUCGUGCAGCACAUCAACAAGGCCCUGCACACCACCGUCAAGCAGCACUCCUUCAUCGGCGUGCUCGACAUCUACGGGUUUGAAACUUUUGAAGUGAAUAGCUUCGAACAGUUCUGUAUCAACUACGCCAACGAGAAGCUCCAGCAGCAGUUCAACUCGCAUGUGUUCAAGCUGGAGCAAGAGGAGUACAUGAAGGAGGGAAUCCCUUGGACUCUCAUCGACUUCUACGAUAACCAGCCCUGCAUAGACCUCAUAGAGGCAAAGCUUGGGAUCUUGGACCUGCUGGAUGAAGAGUGCAAGGUUCCCAAAGGCACCGACCAGAACUGGGCGCAGAAGCUGUACGACCGGCACGGGGGCAGCCAACACUUCCAGAAGCCCCGCAUGUCCAACAUCUCCUUCAUCGUCCUGCACUUCGCAGAUAAGGUGGAGUACCAGUGCGAGGGAUUUCUGGAAAAAAACAGGGACACGGUGUACGAGGAGCAGAUCAACAUCCUGAAAGCCAGCAAGUACCAGAUGGUAGCAGACUUGUUCCAAGACGAGAAGGACGCUGCCUCCGCCACCUCCGUGGGGAAGGGGACGUCCAAAAUCAACGUCCGUUCGGCCAGGCCAGUGAUCAAAGCUGCCAAUAAGGAGCACAAGAAGACGGUGGGGCACCAGUUCCGCAACUCGCUGCACUUGCUCAUGGAGACCCUGAACGCCACCACCCCGCACUACGUGCGCUGCAUCAAGCCGAACGACGAGAAGCUCCCGUUCAAGUUUGACCCAAAGAGAGCAGUGCAGCAGCUGAGAGCUUGCGGCGUGCUGGAGACCAUCCGCAUCAGCGCCGCUGGCUUCCCCUCCAGGUGGACCUAUCACGACUUUUUCAAUAGGUACCGUGUUCUAAUGAAGAAGAGAGACCUCUCAAAGAAUGACAAGAAGCAGAUCUGUCAGACCCUGCUGGAAGACCUCAUUAAGGAUCCAGACAAGUUCCAGUUUGGCCGUACCAAGAUCUUUUUCCGUGCAGGCCAGGUGGCAUAUCUGGAGAAACUGCGAGCGGAUAAGUUCCGAGCUGCCACCAUCAUGAUUCAGAAGACGGUGAGGGGCUGGCUGCAGAGGAUCAAGUACCAAAGGCUGAGACGGGCUGCAAUAGUGAUCCAGCGCUACGCACGUGGGCACCUGGCGCGGAGGCUUGCGGAGCACCUGAGGAGGACGAGAGCUGCCAUCACUUUGCAGAAGCAAUACCGAAUGCUGCGCAUCCGCCGAGCUUUCCAGAGGGUCCGCAAGGCGACCGUCACCAUCCAGGCUUUUGCUCGGGGCAUGUUUGUCAGGAGGAUUUAUCGCCAGGUCCUCGCAGAGCACAAAGCCACCAUCCUCCAGAAAUACGCCCGCGGCUGGCUGGCCCGCACCCGUUUCCGACGGAUCCGAGGUGCCACCAUCGUCCUGCAGUGUUAUUACCGGCGUAGGAAGGCCAGGCAGCAGCUGAAGGCGCUGAAGAUCGAGGCCCGCUCGGCGCAGCACCUGAAGAAGCUCAACAUUGGCAUGGAGAACAAAGUGGUCCAGCUUCAGAGGAAGAUCGACGAGCAGAACAAGGAAUACAAACUUCUGAACGAGCAGCUCUCUACCCUCACGUCUGCCCACUCCUCUGAGGUGGAGAAGCUGAAGAAGGAGCUGGAGCAGUACCAGCAGAGCCAGCAGGGUGAUGGCAACCAGCUCGUCAGCCUGCGGGAGGAGAUGGAGCACCUCCGGCUGGAGCUGGAAAAAGCCCACGGCGAGAGGAAGGUGGUGGAAGACAGCUACGUGAAGGAGAAAGACCUGCUCAGAAAGCGUAUCUCCGACCUGGAAGAAGAAAACGCCCUCCUGAAGCAGGAGAAAGAGGAGCUUAACAGCAGAAUCCUCUGCCAGUCGGAAGAUGAAUUUGCACGAAGCACAGCUGAGGAAAACAUCCAGAUGAAGAAAGAGCUGGAGGAGGAGAGGUCUCGGUACCAGAACCUGAUAAAAGAGUAUUCGAGGCUGGAGCAGAGAUACGACAACUUGAGGGAUGAAAUGACCAUUAUAAAGCAAGCACCGGGGCACAGGAGGAACCCAUCCAACCAGAGCAGCUUGGAGUCUGACUCUAAUUAUCCAUCGAUCUCCACCUCUGAGAUAGGAGACACCGAGGAUGUGAUUCAGCAGGUGGAGGAGGUUGGGACGGAUAAAGCAGCCAUGGACAUGAGCCUCUUCCUAAAGCUACAGAAGCGAGUGAGGGAGCUCGAGCAGGAGAGGAAGAAGCUGCAAACCCAGCUGGAGAAGAAGGAGCAAGAAAGCAAGAAAGCCCAGGUAAUCGAGACGAAGACCGAAAUGGCUUCGGACCAUGAAGAUUUUGCCUACAACAGUCUGAAGAGGCAAGAGCUGGAGUCAGAGAACAAGAAGCUGAAAAACGAACUUAACGAGCUGAGGAAAGCUAUCGCAGACCGAGCAACCCAGAACAACUCUUCCAACGAUGUUCAGGACAGUUAUAAUCUCUUGCUGAAUCAGCUGAAGUCGGCCAACGAGGAGCUGGAAGUGCGGAAGGAAGAAGUGCUCAUCCUGAGGUCGCAGAUAAUGAAGGCGGCCCAGCAGAAAGAGCCGGGCAAAAAUACGGAGCCCAUCACCAGCCCUGCCAGCUGGCCCAACAGUGACAAGCACAUCGACCAGGAGGACGUGAUCGAGGCCUACCAGGGGAUAUGCGAGACGAACCGGUUGCUGGAAGCACAGCUCCAGGAUCAGAGAAGAGAGCACGAGGAGGAGGUGGAAGCUCUGCAAAACCAGGUGGAGGCGAUGAAAGAAGAGAUGGAGAAACAGCAGCAGGCUUUCCUGCAGACCCUGCAGCUCUCUCCAGAGGCUCAGGUGGAGUUUGGACUCCAGCAGGAAAUUACACGGCUCACCAACGAAAACCUGGAUCUUAAAGAAAUGCUGGAGAAGCUGGAAAAGAAUGAGAAGAAGCUGAAGAAGCAGCUGAAGAUUUACAUGAAGAAGGUCCAAGAUUUUGAAGCAUACCAAGCCAUGGUCCCGGAGGAGAGGAGACAACACGAGCGUAACAGGCAGGUUGCUGUCCAGAGGAAGGAGAAAGAUUUCCAGGGGAUGCUGGAAUAUUACAAGGAAGAUGAGCCGCUCCUCAUCCGAAACCUCAUCACAGACCUCAAGCCCCAAGCAGUGGCUGCUACUGUUCCCUGCCUUCCUGCCUACAUCCUCUACAUGUGCAUCAGGCACGCAGAUUACAUCAACGACGACCAGAAAGUGCACUCCUUGCUCACCUCCACCAUCAAUGGCAUCAAGAAGGUGCUGAAGAAACACAACGAUGACUUUGAGAUGACGUCCUUUUGGUUGGCGAAUACGUGUCGCCUCCUGCACUGUUUGAAGCAGUACAGCGGAGAUGCGGGUUUUAUGACGCAGAACACGCCGAAGCAGAACGAGCACUGCCUGAAAAACUUCGACCUGACCGAGUACCGCCAGGUGCUGAGCCAUCUCUCCACCCAGAUCUACCAGCAGCUCAUCAAGGUGGCGGAGGGCAUCCUGCAACCCAUGAUCGUGUCUGGGGUGCUGGAAUAUGAGAGCAUCCAAGGGCUUUCGGGAGUGAAACCGAUGGGCUACCGCAACCGCUCGUCCAGCAUGGAAGACGGCGACAACUCCUACAGCUUAGAGGCGAUCGUUCGCCAGCUCAACACCUUCCACACCACCGUGUGUGAGCAGGGCCUGGACCCCGAGAUCAUCCAGCAGGUCUUCAAGCAGCUCUUCUACAUGAUCAACGCCGUUGCCUUGAACAACCUCCUGCUGCGGAAGGACGUCUGCUCCUGGAGCACGGGCAUGCAGCUAAGGUUUAACAUCAGCCAGCUGGAGGAGUGGCUGCGUAGCAAGAACCUGCAGCAGAGCGGAGCCCUCCAGACUCUGGAGCCCUUGAUUCAGGCCGCCCAGCUCCUGCAGCUGAAAAAGAAAACGGCGGAGGACGCCGAGGCCAUCUGCUCCCUGUGCACAGCGCUCACGACGCAGCAGAUCGUGAAGAUCCUUAAUCUCUACACUCCUGUGAACGAGUUUGAAGAACGGGUGACAGUAGCUUUCAUACGAGACAUACAGACACAUUUGCAAGAGCGAAACGACCCCCCGCAGCUGCUGCUAGACUUCAAGCACAUGUUCCCCGUUUCAUUCCCCUUCAACCCUUCCUCCAUAACGAUGGACACCAUUCAUAUUCCGGCUUCUCUCGACUUGGAGUUUCUCAAUAAAGUCUGAAGAAAGCCAAACCUAAAGCCUUCGCUCGUACCUAGAGGCCUCCAGCAAAGAAGGAAGAAUCGCAGAAGAAACGCGAGGAGCUCUUUAAAUAUGGACCAAACAGGUUUAUGGAAGAGCCGAUACAGAGUAAUAAACGGAUGCUAAAGUGUACAGUAAAAAAAAAGAGACCGAUCUGUAUGAUUUUUUGGGUAAUUUACAGCUCGGAAUGAGGAUACUUGAAAUGUAGAUUUAUUUUUUACUGCUCGAUUUUAUGUUGGCAUAGUUCGAAGCCCGUAACAACCUCCAAAAGCCACUGAGAAAAAGAACGGUGAGGGGGAGACCACGUAUUUUGCUCUUCAUAGGUGUCUGUGAAGGAAUGACAGUGAAAAACUAAAUCUGAGACACUUAGGCUACCUUCAAGGACGCGUGGUUUGCCUAAUAACUAGCUGGUGUGGAUGUGCUAAUAACGGAGAGAUGCAAUUCUGUCGCUUCUUGCUUGGAGCUGUGUUGCAAAAGUGAUUUCAGAAGGUGUAAAUACGUACCUGUGACGCAGGCUGAGGUCGCACGUGUUUCCACUGCUGUGUGAUUUGUCACAACGAUUGAGAAAUUGUGUUAUUUGAACUCCGUAUUGUGCAUCUCUGACUUACCUGCUUCAGAGGAGUGAAAUAAAUGGGCAGUUUGGCAUCUUUUGCACAGAUAAGACAUGGCGAUGCAGCCCAGUUUGAUAAUUAGGUCCUAAAUCAUGUUCAGUGGAUUAGUCCUAGCCAUAGCAGUCAAUGGAAAAAUUCCGUGUGAUUCAAGCAAUGUUUUAACACACAAAAAAAGAGUAAAAUGUAAAAUAUAUAUAAUUGUAAACCGGUACGUUAGUGAUGUAAGCCAAUUCUUGAAGAGUAAACAAGAAGAUUUUGAUCCUACAGCCUUAAACUGAUCAAAACAGCAAGCAAUCUGAAUUCUAACCAUUAGGAUUUGUUUGUGUAGCUUAGAAAUUAAAACAAGCAAACCCUCUGACCUCCCCAGGUAGGCACUGAGAGGGGACAGCUACUCACAAAAGCAGCAAUUGAAUUUUCUCAGUACGAGAAAGCAUAAAACCACCAGGCUUUCAGGAAAAAAAAAAAAGGUUAAAGUUGGGUUCCUGGGGCUGAGUGAUGCUGUAGAGCAAUCCUGAGUGCAGUCAGGCCACGAAUUAGGACUACACUGGUCUGUGGGGUGAUCCUUCUGCCAUAGCUCAGCGUGCCAAAACGCAGCCGGGAGAUUUGGAAGCAGCGAAAGCCCUGCUCAUCUUCAUGUCGUGAGCAUUUUUGGCCUUUCCACUUCCAUCUAUCUACGUAGAUGUGAACUUCUUUGCUUUUGUGGUUGCCGUUUCUGUAGUCUCAGCGCUUCUGUCCCAAUUUAAGAGCUUUCAAAAAACCUCUCUGCACCUAACUGCGUUUAGUUGGUCUAAAUCACAUCCAAACAGUGAAUUUCUGAUCGGGUAUCCUGUCAGCUGGGAGCAUUAAAAAUAGAAUGUAAAGCCUCUUAAAGAUUCACGACGCCGAAACCUGCCGUGCUGCAGGCACCUUUUGAGAGAAGGUGUGUGUUUUGAUUUAAACACCGUGUAUAUAAUCGAUGUAUAUACAAAUUGUAAUAGAGCUGUAUGUACUAUAUAUGUAUAUUACUAUCAAAAAGCACAUUUUUAAAGGAAAAAAAAAAAAAAGAAAAGUUGAGUGCUGUUAAGAAAUACAUUGGUCUAUGCCUGUGUUGUUUCAGAUGGAUGAUGAUUUAGUAUGCCUGUUACCAGUGAAGGACAGACUUAAGGUCAUUCUCUAGGGAGAAGUUAUCUUUCCUUCUAACCAUCACCCAGCUAAUUACUGAAGAAAAUUGAUUGCUUGGAUAGUUACCAGCACUACCUCCAACCUACAGCCCUUGAGCAUUUGCAUCCACGACGUUUAUUCAGUAGUGCCUUCAUCUCCCCUUCGAUCACGAUGAGGAUGACACCACCAUUUUGCUGUGCCACUUGCUCAUCUACAACACUUUUAUUUAUUGUACCUACCUCUUUCCACAUUUUUCAGAUGAAUGUGUUUUUGUUUUGUUUUGCUUUGUUUUGUUUUCUUUUUUUUCAGUGCUCUGAAUUUAAUUUUUCAUGCUGUUUUAUCCCUUUUUCCAUCCUCAGAAUCACAGUAUAUAUAUAUAAAAAAAAAAAAUCAAAGCAGAAUUUAGUCUUUCCAUCAGUGCUAUUUCUCAGAAUUCACCUUAGGCCAGCAGUUUCCUCUCAGGCUCUUCAGGUCUCUACCUUUCUUUGCUGUAAAUUAUUCAGGGUACGAUUCCCAACAGCCUGAUUAAACCAGUGCUCAUCAUUCAGACUAAAUGACAGGUUGCUGCAGCAUCCUCUCCUGCAAUGAUUUUGCUACCGAUCACAGUCACAAUCGUGGUUAAUGCUCUUCUAGGGGAUAGCGGUCUUUCACUGGCUUUUUCAGGACCAGAAUUUAUAUGUACAACAAAGAUUUUCUUAAAAUAACAGCAAACAACAACGACAACUCUCAGUAUGUACAGAUAGGAACUGGGAUGUGAUGUCCUGGUCUGUAAUAACGUAGCUUACCCAUUAAAAUCCAUCUGGAAGAGGACUCCGCUAAAUAUCUUGAAUAUAUUUUUUAUCUUUUUUCAGUUUGCACUUUUUAAAAUUUAUUUUUAAAUAUUGAUUUUUGUUAAAUCACUGUGUUCGAGCAUGCCUUUCUUUUCCUCAGAUGGGCGCUUCUUUAUUUAAAGGAUACGUUCAACGCAAAGCCCGGCUCUCAGAAAGCUGGCUGCUUUCCAGGUCCGCCUUCAUUUUGAAAUAUUGAUUCUGAAGUCGAGCAUUUUCCCUACUGUGUGCCUUUAGCUGUUACUAAGGUAACUGACUUCUCAACCACUGGUAAACUGUGGGAGGUUUUUGAUAUUAUUAUUAUUAUUAUUAGUCUGCCACAAACAGUUUUCUGUGGAUUUAUAAGUCCACUUCUAAAAUCUCUCUGAGAAGGUCUACAAAAACACUUAAGAAGUUCCUAAGAAAAGACAUAUUGAACCGUAUUGAUUUUUUGCAUGUAUAAUGUACCUCAGAUAAAACACUACUGGCAGUUAGAAAAAAAACAAAAAACAACAAUUUAAAAACAAAAUACAAACUACACACACCACCACCGAACCAACACCUCAAACCCAAGUUCAGGUUUGUGCUGUCUGACCUGUGAGAAGUGUCUAGGCCAAAAUACACAUUUCAUUUCCAGCUGAAACUUGACUUUAUUUUAUUCUUUUUACUUUUUCUUUUACUGGCAGUUCUGUAGCUGAGGCUGCUUAUCUUUCAGCUCGUAAGGCUGUUGUAGUUGACUGUAGAAAAGAACAUUAAACUUAAUGAGAAUUAAGUUAUUGGAAAUAAUUUAUGCAAGUGUAAAUCAAACAUUUUUUGUUCAUACUUUAUCAUACUUUGUUCAUAAUUUAUCUAACGGCACUUCUACGAGUGAAACAACAAAAUGUGGGUGUGCUGCAGAGUUUGAGCAUACACGGUGGCUGCUACCUUUCCUGGUGACUUGAACGUUGAAAUCACAACCUGUCUAAAGCCUUUGCAAUGUCUAACCCCUCAAUUUGUGGCUUACAAAAGAUGCAAGUGUCAGGGAUGCACUUGAAACAGCAGGUCCUUUUCCUCUUUUCAACCAUAAAUGAGCAAGAUUAUGCAAGCUCCUUCUUCCAGACCGUUUAACUGAAAAAUUAACAUUUUACCAUUGCAUCUAAGUAUGAUAAUCUAAUUAAAAGGAAUUGCAUGAACUGCCAUGAAACCUAUUCCUUCAGCUUCAUUGAUUCACAUAUAUUACAGCCAUAAAUUAUUUUUUUCCUGAAAAAAAAAAGUUAUAGCACUGUAGAUGUUCUUAAAAUAAUCCAGAGGACCUAUGCCCCGACAAGCAUACAAUUUAUUUCAAAAGGUAAAUGCCAGUGGACUAAGGCUUUCAAAUUAAGUUGAAAUUAAAAGAAAACAAAUUAUAAAAAAUAUUUCUUAUUAUUAUAGUGCAAUAUCUAUUUUUGGGGGGGUUGGGGUGAAGUCUAAUUACCUUAACAAGCAGAAGGUAUGGCUGCUCUAAAAGAAGUUGAAUGAUACACAGGAGCGAUGAAAUACUACUGCUUAUAAAAUAUUUUUCCAUUUUGAACAAAUCUGUAAACUACACCUUUGUUUAUAGGAAAAAUGCUUGUAAUAGUCACUGUAAUAUUCAGCUGUGGAUAAGAAAAAAAUGUGAAAUAAACACUUUUGAAGAAAUCGUGA